AUAAAAUAAUCUAAUGUGCAAACUGACGUGCUUUAUAAAUGAAUCCCGGCCUAAGCUUUCUUUGUGUUUUGUAAAGCAUUUUCCUGAUUUUUUUCCUUGUUUAAACUUUCAUCUUUAGGGAAAAACAUGAAGACACUUUGGACAUUUAUGGACUGCAGUGAGUUUCUUCUUCCUCUACUCAUAGUGACUAACGGAACGUCCAGAACUUUUUGAACAUCUGCAUAAAUUUGGAUAUGGAUCGGUACACGACGCUGAUGACUCUCCUCUCAUUUGGCUGCAUCUCCGGCUCACAGUUCCCCCUGCGUCAGUACCACUAUGUUAACAUGGCUCUGAGCUGGAGUGAAGCCCAACUGUACUGCAGGGAGAAAUACACAGACCUGGCUACAUUUGACAGUCUGGAUGACUUGAACAGACUGAAAGCCGACUUUUCCUACUCCUGGGCGUGGUUUGGUCUUCAUGAUGAUCCAGCAGCUUGGGAAACAUCGAUGGGAAAUAAGAGCAACUCCUGGAGAUGGUCAGCAACAGGACAAACUAGCACAACUGGAUACCAGUCGUGGGACAGAGCCAAUCCGGAUUACCUUGAUGCAAAGGAAACAUGUGUAACAAUAAUUGGAGAGGGACUGUGGAACGAUUUGACCUGUAAUGCCUCCCACACUUUUCUUUGCUUUAAUGGUAAGAAAACUUUUGGCCGGAAGUUUUUCUGAAUACCCUUUGAACCCAAAGGUUUUUCUGAUCUUUGGUCUAAUUGAGACUAUAAGUAAAAGAUAAAGUAGCAUUGAUGCUUUAUUUGUUUCUUUACUCUGCUGGCAGCAGUUAGGCUGGGUACCUUUGGCCACAGUACCAUGUACUGACCUGCUCACAAC